ACAGAUGAACUUUCACGAUGCAUGUAAUACUAGUACUUUAUGAUUAUUGCAGGUAUCAUCUUUGAGCAGUUGGUGGCCCACUGGAUCCUGAUUGAUCCAAACACCGGACAGUUCCACAUUCUGGAAAACUGGCAGCACACCACCAUGCACGGCUUCUUCCUCCUGAACGGAUUUUGUGAUGUCCUGAUCGCUCUAAGGGCGCCUGUACCGAGUGGAAUAGACCACGCGACUUUGUCACUAGCCUGCGCAGUGGAAGGGUUGUUGUUCUUCUAUCACCUGCAUGGCCGUACUGACUUGGACGUACACGUACAUCAACUGUUGAUCCUGGUUAUCGUCCCAUGCGUGGUCGUGACCGGGCUGGAGACCUGGAACCCUCGGACCGUGUAUCUACCCGCGCUCAGAGCUGCAGGAGCUAUGCUGCAGGGGACCUGGCUGUGGCAGGCUGGAUUUAUCCUGUUUCCUCCCUUUCCUGGCCAUGAGUGGGACCUGGAGAGCCAUGAAAACAUGAUGUUUGUCUCCAUGGCUUUCUGUUGGCACAUACUGGGCAUCCUGCUCUUCAUGUGUGUUGUCUACACAGUGGUUUAUCACAUCUACCAAGCCAAGGAGAAGCAGAGAGGUACCGAGCUGGAGCUGGGACCGCUGUCUUCUCACAUGUUACAGACACACUCCGACUCAGAACUGGACUGAUGAAAGUCUUUUCAAUCCGUCAACAUCAGAUAGCCUUGGUGCCAUCCGAGGAGGCUCCUUUACCCCGAUUUUUUCGGGAGUAGCGAGUGCAAAUGAGCUCUGUUUAAAGGAUGAGAAAGCGUAAAGGAUGAAAAAUAAAAUUCUCAGACUG